AAUUUUUUAGAUACUAGAAUUUUGUCCUAAUUUUUAAUAUUAAUAAAUUCAGUAGAAAAUUUACAAUGGGUAGUCACCAUCUUGUAGCUAGUGGUGCACCUCAUGAACUUGAGUACCGUCUCAUGAGCAACGAGUCUCGUGUCCACAACGCAGGCUUGCCUGUAGUAAGACACUACCAUCCUGGUGUCUGUCACACAUGCCUCAGAACUCCUCCAGAUCCUGUGCAAGAGCCUCUACAGCCGCCUCUGAUGCGCUGCUCUCAAUGUCAGCUUGUCGUCUACUGCUCCAGACGAUGCCAGAAGACUGACUGGCGUCAUCACAAGGACUUGUGCCGUGUCAACAAAGUUAAGGGCGGCAAGAACGUGUUUGGUCAUGCUAAAGAGCAGGUAGCCCAUGGCGGAAGCUGGUUACGCUAUAGGAGCGUGAUGUACUUGGCAGCAAUGGCGAACUUAAAGCGCAAACUGCAGCCUUAUGAACAUGAAAUCUUCAUGUUUCCUCGAGUUUGCAGCAUCUGUCUAAGUUCUGAACAAGAUCAACUUGCUGACUGCCCCAUGUGCCACUCUGUUUUCUAUUGUUCUUCCGAGCACCGAGAUCUGGGCCUCCCACAACACAAGACCCACUGUCUACAGUUCCUUUUAAUGUUCCAAUGUGAUAAAAUUGAAGCUGAGAAGGGUAUUCAAGAUGUCCCUUUUCCUGUCAACAUUGACACUGUUUACAAGAACUUGCCCGAUAGACUCAUGACUUUGGUGAAACCAGAACUGGAGCGUGAGCCUUUGGAAUCUCUUGAUAUGAAAUUUGUUUUGAUGAUAACUGAAAGGCUCAGCUAUCCGUUAUCUCUGCAAUAUGCCUUGCAAAACGUAGGUUUGGGGUCAGAUAACACAGCCUUGCAUGAUGUGACAAAACUGAACGUCCAUGUGGUCGGAGCCAAGUCAUACACAGAACUUCUUGGGAUCAUCAGAUGGGAAUACAUGGUGCAUCGUCUGCCUGCUCUUCAAUUCCUCCAUGUGGUAUUCAUUGGACCUGAACUAUUUCUUGAUGGACAUUCAGAAGAGGACGCUCUUCCUGAUGACCACAUUCUGGAUGACAGCGGGCUAACCAUGUGCGACGACUGCAAAGCAAAGCCACGCAUGAUUGUCUAUGAAAUGGCUAAUAUGUGCUACCACGAUUUCAUUGAAACCUCGUAUUAUUCAAAACCUGAUGUCGUUAUAGCCUACAACUGUGGUUUCCAUGAACAGGUCGACAAUAAAUCCAAAGAUACGUGGAAGUCUUCAUUGCCUCUGCUCGUAGCAGAUCCUGCCGUCCCGUUGGUGUUCACCUCUUACACGUUACAAGAAGCGUGUAAGGAUCUAAGUGCGCUACAAGCUGCUGUUCCAGUCAAGGUUGUUAUGCCCACGCAGCGUAAUCCUUUCAGCAGCUGUCGACCUUACAGAGAUCAUGAGAUUGAAGCUUCUGGUUCUAAUCCCUUAUUUUUCUGGAACCAAUAUAUAACUUGCGUUCGUCGUGCUGUUGAGUGAUGUCUAUUGACGGCUUUGUUGUCAUUGUAGAAUUUGAGUCCAAGCAAUGAUAGAACAAUUGUAAACCUCUAAAAUUGAGGUUAGCGAGUCCACAGCUAGAUUGGAGGUGCCGAGGCUUUUAAUAAUUAUUUGUUUGAUGAUUUCAUAAUUUUUGUUGUUUAGUGUGGCACAAACGGUGAACAGGAACUGCACUGAAACGCUUCUCUUCGGAUUUAUUUUCUUAAUGAAAAUUGCUGCUAAUUGGUAAUCAGAAUACCAGGAUGUUGAAAAUCAAACUUGAACUUAGAAACAGUGCCUUUUUGCAGGUGAAUAGUUGAAGUAUUGGGUCUGAUAUCUUCGCCGAUUCAUGCGUGAUGUUAUUUUUCCUCUCUGUCUCUCGUGCGGGCGGCCGACGUCCCGUGUAAGCGACCUCAUGUUAGAGUGUCUUAGUUUUUGUUGCUUGUCACCUGUCCCUCCUUGUCACUUCGUCUCUUUGAGAUUCUAACGCU